UUUUGUGACCAUAUGACUCAAAAUACAUAUUGGUAAUGAAUUUAUUCAAAUGCCCAUUUCCUUUACCAAAACCUUCCUUCUUCAAUACCAUUUUCACAUUGUAAACCCUAGGAGGACUCGCAUUUCUCUACUGUCCGUACCAAUGUCUUGGGCCUGCAAAGCUUGCACUUUCCUCAACCCCCCAUCUCAGAAAUCCGUUUGCCAGAUCUGUUCAUCGCCAUCAUCUCCAUCUUCUACUUCUUCAUCUUCUUCUUCUUCGAUCCCAAAAUGGUCGUGCAAAGCCUGCACUUUCCUGAAUCCCUACAACAUGACCAACUGCGACAUCUGCGACACCAGAGCCCCGGUCUCCUCCCUCUCCAGCUUCGAGGAUUUGAACGACACUGAUCUCGACGCCCACCUCGAUUCUUCCAUUGGCUCUGUUUUCUUGCCCUUGCAGCCUUGCAAGAGGACGAGGAUUUCGGACCCGGUUCGACCCGAGCCGGCCAAACCGAGUUCUCCGGAUUUGGGCGGUGGGUUUCAGGCUGUUAAGCUCAAAGCCUCCGAUAAGCCGGCGACUGUGUCCGGUGGGUUGGAACUUGAGGAGUCUGGUUCUGCUAAGGGUCUAAACAAGUUGAAGAUUUUGAGCUACAAUGUUUGGUUCAGAGAAGACUUGGAACUGCAGAAGAGAAUGAAAGCUCUUGGUGACCUUAUUGAACUGCAUUCCCCUGAAGUCAUAUGCUUUCAGGAGGUUACCCCCAAUAUAUACAAGAUCUUUCAGCAAUCUAGUUGGUGGAGAGCGUAUGAUUGCUCUGUUCCUAUGCAAAUGGCUCUUUCAAGGCCAUACUUUUGCAUGCAGUUAAGCAAACUGCCAGUGAAAUCAUUCAGCUGUAGGCCCUUUGGCAAUUCUAUUAUGGGAAGAGAACUUUGUGUUGCUGAAAUUGAAGUCCAGAAGGGCAAGCCCUUGCUUGUUGCCACUAGCCAUCUUGAAAGCCCCUGCCCGGGUCCUCCAACAUGGGACCAGAUGUUUAGCAAGGAACGCGUGGAGCAGGCGACAGAGGCUCUCAGCUUUCUCAAGAAGAACCAAAAUGUGGUUUUCGGUGGUGACAUGAAUUGGGAUGACAAGUUGGACGGUCAGUUUCCUUUACCAGAUGGAUGGAGUGAUGCUUGGGCAAACUUAAGGCCAGGAGAAAAUGGUUGGACAUACGAUACCAAGUCCAACCAGAUGUUGUCCGCAAACCGCACUUUGCAGAAGCGUCUAGAUCGUUUUGUUUGCAAGUUGCAUGAGUUCAAGAUCAGUGGAAUUGAAAUGAUUGGGAUGGAUGCAAUACCGGGUCUAUCAUAUAUCAAGGAAAAGAAAGUGAAGAAGGAGAUCAAGAACUUGGAGCUUCCUGUUUUGCCCAGUGAUCAUUAUGGCUUGCUUUUGACAAUCUGUAGCGAGUAAAGUCUGUUCCGCGAAGUAAAUGAUCCAGUAAAUAAGCAACCGGAAGAAGUCAAUGGUCGAGUUUAUGCUUGGUAUUUUGCAGAGUUUCCAUGCGUGAUAUGCAUGCAGUUAUGUAUAAUUACCGGUGAAAUGAUGUAAAGCUGGUACAUUUUGUAAGGUAUACUUAAUUUCGAAUGAAACGGAUGCACUUUGGGAGUAUUUUGUCAUUUCAUCUUUACCAUGGAGAAGAAGUCUUUGUUCGACCAUCUCUUCCCACUUACUGUAAUUCAUAUUUAAGCUUUUUGUGAAAAGUUAGAGAUAGAAGAUAUCU